CGUCUUUCAGUUGUAACAAUUAACUAGACGAAGAAGAUGUUUAAAUCUGUUGUUAUUCAUACAAUUAGAAUUAAAUUAACAACUUGUAUUAGUGAUUAACCAUUAACCCAAACGAUUAAGGUGUUUAUAAGUCAAUCAAGUUAACAGAAAUUAACUAUAAAUAGAAUAAUUUUUAUUAAUCUUUUUCGCUUGCAAAAGGAAAAGUAAUACAAGUGAGACAAUCGUGAUUGUGUGAAUUAGUUAAUUGUGAGCUGAUCAAAAUGUGGGCAGGAAUACAAGAUGUCUCUUCGGCCGCUUUGCUCAACAUUAAGGAUAACAAUCAGCAAAUGGGAUCAGCAACAAGAAACGGAACUCUUCAAGCUCAUCAUCAAACGACAGUUGAUAAGCUUCCAGAUAAAGUGCUCUUGAAGAUCUUCUCGUACCUUCCCCAUCGGGAAAUCGCUCGAAUCGGUCGAGUGUGUAAAAAAUGGCGAAUCAUUUCGUGCGAUUCAAGGCUCUGGUCUCAUGUUUCUCUGAGACCGGAAAUCUCUGGUCUCCAUGUAAACUCAAUGGAAGCUCUUCUUGCUUUGAUUUCCAUUCGAUUUGGUCCAUCUUUAAAGUACAUUGAAUUACCCAUGGAGUUAAUUACUCACACGGUUCUCCAUGAAUUGGCCAACAAAUGUCCCAAUUUAACUCACAUGUUAUUAGAUUUUUCAACUGCUAUGCAAUUGCAUGAUUUCAAUGAUCUUCACUCAUUUCCAACUAAAUUGAAGACAAUGUGUAUCUGUUUGUCGGAGGUCAUUUUCAUGGAGGGUUUUAUGAGAAAGAUUUACAAUUUCAUCAAUGGACUUGAAGUGUUACACUUGAUUGGUACUUACGAGAAGGCAGUUGAAGAGGAGGAAGAGGAAAUUUACGAAGUGAUCAACAUCCACAAAUUGAAAAGCGCUGUACCCAAUUUACGAAUUGUCAAUUUGUAUGGAAUCAAUUUCGUUGAUGAUUCUCACGUUGAAGCUUUCAGUUCCAAUUGUAUUCAAUUGGAGUGUCUUUCUCUUAAUUUUUGUACCAAAUUUACCGGAUCAGUUUUGAAGCUUUUACUUCAACGAUGUAAAAGGUUACAAUGUCUUCUGAUGCAACACACAGGUUUGAAAAAUGAACACGUUAAAGCCGUUGAAUGGGAAAAAACAAAUCUCCAAGAAUUGGAUAUAACUGCUUGUGAAUUAUCAACUGAUUGUUUGAUUGAUGUGUUGUCCAGAAUUCAGGGUCUUCGCUAUUUGGGCGCUGGACAACAAGAUGGUUUCAAUGACCUUGUUUUAGGUCAAAUGAUGGAAAGAGGAACAACUAAAAAUUUGAUCGCAUUCGAUGUUGAUGGAAAUACCAAUUUAUCGGAAGAGAUAUUACUUCAGUUCCUUAAGAUUCAAGGUCAAUAUUUACGUGGACUCCAAUUAUCUGGGAUUCCUCAUCUAACUGAACAGUUCUGGACAACGGUCACUCCUUUAAUCAAGAACAUAAAGAUUCUGGUCAUGGGAAUGCCCGAAGGUUGUUGUCAAAAAGUACAAUCAAAGGUCCACAUUGAUUCACUGAUCGACGGGAUCGCUAAUAACUGUCCUAAUCUGGAAAGGUACGAGGCCCGUUGGGACGCGGAGACGCUUAGGUUUUCAGAUCGAUCAAGCAAAGCGGUUGAUGCGAUUCGUUUGAAAUGUCCUCGACUUCGGUGUUUGGUUCUAAGUGAUGGAACUUAUUUUGAACUAGUCAAGUCUAAUUUUGAACGAGCCGAUAGACCGACGGUUGUCCGAUCGACUGUUAAUUGUCGAGUUACUUGUGUUUAUCUUCUUAAUUAUUAUAAACAAAUUAUCUUCAAUUGAUUUACAUGUACCCGAGAUUGUAAUUGUUAAGACAAAAAUGGAGACAUUAAAUUUAAACACUAAGUGCAA